AUGUCUUACCGUGACAACGACGAGUCCAGCUACGGCAACAGCGGCAACGACAGCUACGGCUCGUCCAACCGCCGUGACAACGACAACUCCGACUCGUACGGCUCCGGCGGUCGUGACAACGACAACAACGACUCCUAUGGAACGUCCAAGAACGAUUCCUAUGGCUCCAGCCGUAAUGACAACGACAACGACAACACCACCAGCUCUUAUGGCUCCAGCGGUCGCGACAACUCCGACUCCUAUGGGUCGUCGGGUCGGGACAACGACUCGUCCAGCCGCCGCACUGGCGACAAUGACACCUACGGAUCCAGCAACACCUCUGGUGGCUACGGUUCCAGCGGUCGUGACAACGACAAUGACAACGACACCUACGGCUCCGGCAACAAGUCUUCGUCCGGCGGCUACGGCAACACCAGCUCCAGCCGCAAUGACGACGACGACUCGUACGGCUCCAGCAACAAGACUUCCUCUGGCAGCUAUGGAUCCGGCAACGACGACUCGUAUGGCUCCAGCAACAAGACUUCAUCCGGCAGCUACGGCUCCGGCAACAACGAUGACUCGUAUGGCUCUAGCAACAAGACCUCAGACAGCUACGGCUCCUCGGGCCGUGACAAUGACGACUCGUAUGGCUCCGGAAACAAGACUUCUUCCGGCAGCUACGGCUCCGGCAACAACGAUGACUCGUAUGACUCCAGCAACAAGACCUCUGGCGGCUACGGCGGCUCCGACAGUUACGGCUCCUCAGGUCGUGACAACGACAAUGAGAGGAGCGGUGGCCUCAUGGGCAAGGUCAUGGACAAGGCCGGCGACUUCAUCGACAACAAGAUCAAGAAGCAGGGCGGUCGGGACAACGACAACAACGACUACUAG